UAAAACUCAGCCUUCCAGCCAAAACACCGUCUGGGGAGCUAAGAGCACCGUAUAUAGCCAAAAUAUUCUGCUUUCAAUGUUGGAAGGUCAGAGAGAUUUGAGAAUCAUGAAAAUCACGCUGUCCCUUCCUGGGCUGGUCGUACUGGCUCUCUCAGUUUGCUGCUACUCUUAUGAGCCAAGUACUUUACCUGAUACAAGAGACAAACAGUUUAUUGAGGAGUGCGUGACGGCUCAUAACAAUUUUCGGUCCCGGGUGAAUCCAGCAGCUAGCAACAUGCUUCACAUGAGCUGGGACCCAGAUUUGGCAAAGACAGCCAGAGCAUGGGCAAAGACAUGUCAGUUUAAACAUAAUAUCUAUCUCAAGAUACCCGGGAAGGCCCACCCUACCUUUACUUCUGUUGGAGAAAACAUCUGGACUGGCUCUCUUCGCAUGUUUUCUGUGACUGCAGCCCUCACUAGUUGGUACGAUGAGUUCGAAGACUAUACCUAUGGCACUAACACUUGCAGCAACGUGUGUGGCCAUUACACUCAGAUUGCUUGGGCGACAAGUUACAAAGUUGGCUGCGCUGUUCACUUUUGCCCUACGGUAACAGGGUUUCGUGGACCUAAUGCAGCACAUUUUAUUUGCAACUAUGGGCCAGCUGGGAAUUAUCCAACACGGCCUUAUGACACGGGAGCAGCAUGCAGCAAAUGCAACGGUGAGAAGUGUGUGGAUAAGCUAUGUGAAAAUCCAGAGCGUGAGAAAGUCAUAAGUAACUCUGGGUGGUAUCCAGACUGGGACAGGUAUCCAGACCAGGAUAAAGCCAUGUGUGACCAAUACUGUAUCACUGUUCUAGUUUUAAGGCCAUUGUUAAUUAUAUUGACGUUUGGAGCUGUUUGGUUUCUACAGAAGCAUUAUCCCCAAGUAUCUAUAAGUGACUAAUACGCAUUUGAAAGAUUGCGGGAACACUUCAGGCUAUUCUACUCCUGUUCCAUGUGCAGAUUUAUUAGUGUGGGGAAAUCUAACACAAUGAUCUGUAGAAUGAGGCCUAAUCUAUUAAUGAUGAGUGCAUUUAUCUAUUUUCAAAUCACAUGCAAAAAAAGCCACACACAACCCUUAACGCAAGGUAACUGUCUGAAUAUAGGUGAAGGCUCACUGUAAUUUGCUUGGUUAAGGGCCAGAGUUAAGGGCAUGCAUUCACCCUUCUCUUUUACGUGCUCUGUUAUUUGAGGACCUGUCAUCAAGCUUGUGCAGUUAAUAUGUAGCUAAUUGCUGCUGUCCUUACCCAAAGGAGUAGUCCAAUAGAAGUCAAUUGGACUACUUAUGUGAGUAAAUGAAGCAAGAUUUGGCCUGUAACCUUUUGCAUUUGACCCUGUAGGUGUUUAGUUUUUGUUUAAAUGUUUGAGGGGAUGAUGAGAAGAGUCACAAGUUCCUUAGCUAGCAGGCACCCUCAGUCCAGCCACAGGCCAUCUGGUGCCCAUCCACAUCCUCCUGCUCCUCAGUCAUAUGUACAUUUCUUGACAGGCACCAACUAGUGACAGGUGACUAGUGUUUGUUAGUACUGCGGGCUGAGCACCGGAUAUACCUGCACAUUUAUUGAAAUGUGCAUUCCCUCCUAGAGCAUGUGAAGUGUAAACAUUUGUAAUUGUAAAGCUACUGAUUAUAUUUUCUUCACUUAGAUCUUUUGAUUAGAUCAUGAGCUCUUUGAGACAAGGACUGGGUGGAAAGCACCUAGCCUGUUGUGGGUACUAUUAUACCACAAUAUAAAGAACAAUAGGCUCAUGCUUUUUAGAGUUUAAUGAAGUCUAAAAGCAAGUCAAAUAGAAGAAAAUACUUCAAACUUUCAUUAAAAGUUACCUAUUUCACUUUAUGCAAUGUGCAUCCUAAUUCAGUAGUUACAGAGCCUAAACAAUGUUUACAUACAAGGGGCCCAAUCCUGCAAACACUUAGGCAUGUGAGUAGCUUUGCUUAUGUGAACAAUCCCAUUAGUUUAACUGAUUACUUGUGAGAAUGAUGUUACUUAUACGCAUUAAGUAUUUGCAGGCCUGGGCCUCACUCCAAGGCCCCCAAAAUAAAAGACAAGGCCCUCACUUGCUCAUCUCACCUCUUCCAAAACAUUUGGGUGAGUAAGAAGGAUUUUCAGCAUCCCCUCUAGGGUGACCAGAUGUCUCAUUUUUUAUAAAGGGACAGUCCCGUUUUUGCGGACUUUUUCUUAUAUAGGCACCUAUUAUCCCCCACCCCCUGUUCUGUUUUUUCAUAGUUGCUAUCUGGUCACCCUACCUGUGACAAAUCCUGGGGCUCUGUCAAAGAAAGCAGGACUGUGCGAUGAUUUGGGGAAUCUAUGUGCAAACUGUUUGGUGCUAUGCACACUCUGUAAGCUCUUACGAUUAUUUUAAACUGUAUUCUUACUGCAUACUCCUUGGGCUAAACACAAAGGGAAUGGUGCCUGACUGUCUUUGAAUGAGAUUCUGAUGGUUUAAUCAGCAAUGAGUAGGCAGAGCCUGAACAUAACUGAAUGACUGAAGCCUUGGAUAACCAGCUCUCUUCAGAUCUCUGGAGGACAGGAAAAUCCCCAGGAGCGAACCAAAGAGACUCAAGUGUUGAUAAAGCCCUUUAAAGACUGGAGGGCUGAGAAGUUGGGGAAGUCCUCACAGAAGGACUGACAGAGGAACAGGUUUCCACACAGGCAGGGAAACCUUUUUGAUUGCUGGUCAGGCCAGGAGCUGGAGGACUCUGACUGGAGGGGUCAUAAAGAGAGAGAGACACACACACACACACUUCAUGUUCUCUCUGUGAUUGUAUGAACACCUGAGAACCAACUGAGAUCUCAGCAGGGCUUUUUAGCAUCAGUCAACAUCUUUGGACUUAGACUCCAGAACUCAAUUAGUCAGAUUCAGGCCUUGGCUCUGUUCAUACAAGUGACUUUACUUGGAUGGACCCCAUAACCCAUAAGGAGCCCGGUGCAGGUGUUUGCUUGAGUGAAGUCAAAUGCAGAUGUGUCCUUUAUGAGCAGAUUUAAUUAUAUGCAGCCCAGC